GGGGUGGGGGGAGGGGACCUGGGACUCGGACCGGGACUGAGUGGGGCCCGGGCAGAAGCUGAGCACCCUGCGCCCGAGAAGCCCCCGUUGGCCUGGGGGGGCUGAGGGACUGAGCCCCCCAGAGCAGGACCUCCCCCUGGAAGGGCCGCGCCGCAGCCCGUGGGAGGGCCUCGCCCCCGGCGCCCCCCAUCUCCACUCGCCGCCGUCCCGGCCUCCGCCGGAGGGAGGGGCCGAGCGCCCUCGGGGGGCCGUGGACCCCGGCGUUCUGAGCGUUCCGCGCCCCGCGCCGCCCGGCCCCCCCGCCGCCGAUGGCCGCCGACCCGCCGGGAGCUGCCGAGAAGGGAGAGAUGGCUCCCGGGACACGUGUGAGCCCUCGGCGUUGCUGACGCCCCCAAUGUCGUCGAGCAGCCGGGGGCCGGGGGCCGGAGCGCGCCGACGCCGAACCCGCUGCCGUCGCUGCCGGGCCUGUGUGCGAACUGAGUGCGGGGACUGCCACUUCUGUCGAGACAUGAAGAAGUUCGGGGGGCCCGGGCGCAUGAAGCAGUCGUGCCUGCUACGGCAGUGCACUGCCCCCGUGCUCCCACACACAGCUGUGUGCCUCUUGUGUGGGGAGGCUGGGAAGGAGGACACAGUGGAGGGAGAGGAAGAGAAAUUUGGUUUGAGCCUCAUGGAGUGUACAAUCUGCAACGAGAUCGUCCACCCUGGCUGCCUGAAGAUGGGGAAGGCUGAGGGUGUCAUCAAUGCGGAGAUCCCCAACUGCUGGGAGUGCCCUCGCUGUACACAGGAAGGCCGCACCAGCAAGGAUUCAGGUGAGGGGCCAGGCCGCCGCAGGGCUGACAACGGUGAGGAGGGCGCCAGCCUAGGGAGUGGAUGGAAGCUGACGGAGGAGCCGCCACUUCCACCGCCCCCGCCCAGGCGGAAGGGCCCUCUACCUGCUGGGCCGCCCCCGGAGGACAUGCCUGGGCCCCCCAAACGCAAGGAGAGGGAGGCAGGGAAUGAGCCCCCCACCCCAAGGAAAAAGGUGAAAGGAGGUCGAGAGAGGCACCUGAAGAAGGUGGGUGGAGACGCCUGCCUCCUCCGAGGAUCGGACCCAGGCGGCCCUGGCCUUCUGCCCCCCAGGGUUCUGAAUCCAAGCCAGGCAUUCUCGUCCUGCCACCCUGGGCUCCCUCCCGAGAACUGGGAGAAACCAAAGCCACCUUUGGCCUCUGCUGAGGGCCCUGCCGUGCCAUCCCCAUCCCCACAGAGGGAGAAGCUGGAACGUUUCAAGCGGAUGUGCCAGCUGUUGGAGCGGGUGCCUGAUACCUCUUCUUCUUCCUCGGACUCGGAUUCUGAUUCCGACUCAUCAGGCACUUCGCUGAGUGAGGAUGAGGCCCCUGGCGAGGCCCGGAAUGGGCGACGGCCAGCCCGGGGCAGCUCUGGCGAGAAGGAGAACCGUGGGGGGCGGCGGGCUGUGCGCCCUGGCAGUGGGGGGCCCUUGCUCAGCUGGCCCCUGGGCCCCGCCCCCCCACCCCGGCCUCCACAGCUGGAGCGGCAUGUGGUACGGCCCCCACCUCGAAGCCCUGAGCCUGACACACUGCCUUUGGCUGCUGGAUCCGACCAUCCCCUGCCCCGGGCUGCCUGGCUUCGUGUCUUCCAGCACCUUGGGCCACGAGAGCUGUGCAUCUGCAUGCGAGUCUGCCGGACUUGGAGCCGCUGGUGCUACGACAAACGUCUGUGGCCUAGAAUGGACUUGAGCAGGAGGAAGUCACUGACCCCGCCCAUGCUCAGUGGGGUAGUUCGUCGCCAGCCCCGUGCCCUGGACCUCAGCUGGACAGGUGUCUCCAAGAAACAGCUCAUGUGGCUUCUGAACCGACUCCAAGGCCUGCAGGAGUUGGUGCUCUCUGGCUGCUCCUGGCUCUCUGUCUCUGCCCUGGGCUCAGCCCCACUGCCAGCCCUGCGGCUCCUGGACCUCCGCUGGAUUGAGGAUGUAAAAGACUCCCAGCUCCGUGAGCUGCUGCUGCCUCCACCAGACACUAAACCAGGGCAAACAGAGAGCCGUGGGCGACUACAGGGCGUAGCCGAACUGCGCUUGGCAGGUCUGGAGCUGACAGAUGCCUCCCUGAGGCUCCUCCUGCGCCAUGCACCCCAGCUGAGCGCCCUGGACCUGAGCCACUGCGCCCACGUUGGGGACCCCAGUGUCCACCUCCUCACAGCUCCCACUUCUCCACUCCGAGAGACCCUGGUACACCUCAAUCUUGCUGGUUGCCACCGCCUCACGGACCACUGCCUCCCGCUGUUCCGCCGCUGCCCACGUCUCCGCCGACUAGACCUGCGCUCUUGCCGCCAGCUCUCACCUGAAGCUUGUGCCCGUCUGGCAGCUGCCGGCCCUCCUGGUCCCUUCCGCUGCCCAGAGGAGAAGCUACUUCUCAAGGACAGCUAGUCGGGCGCCCCCCACCAUCCCCCAGGACUCGUCAGGAGCCUGGACCUCGAGCCUUCAUUUCAUCCUCUGUUGGGAGGCCAGGUUACCCACCUCAUGACUUGGGAUUCCUGAGUUUCGUGACUUGGGAUUCCUACCCAGGGACCGGAGCCAGCCUCCCGCUUCUCUUCCCCCUGCACUGAUAUCUCUGGGGGUCUCUCCUUCCCAUCUCCUCCCCCUUCCACUUGCUUCAUUGUCCAUCCCCUGGGGGAAGUGGGUCAGAGGUACUGGGGGGUGCUGAGCCAAAGGGAUGGUGGGAGGGGGGU